AUGUCGCGCGGGAAGAAGUUCGUGGCGAUCGCUCUCGUCCUUGCUGGUCUUUGGACCUGGACGUUGUUUAGCAUUGCAAGCCAGCAUUCAUUGGAUGCUGCGUCGAAAAUUGCAGGGGAUAAGUUCUCAUCAGGACAGUACAAUCAGUGGCGCGAUCCAGUUUUCAUCGCUGUUUUUUCGGCACCUUUCGUUGCUCUCGCGCUCUUCGGUGUUUACGCUGUCGUGACGAUCGUUUCGCAAGUGGUCCGCUUCGAAGACAAAAAGGAGGCUGCAGCGGAACUCGCUCAGGACCUAAUCACGGCGCGAGAAGAUCUUCAACGGCGGGGCUACAAGUUCGAGAACUGACUGUAACAUGUUCCUUGUAUGAAACGUGGAGGCGUUUACGUGGUGUCCUAUGAAUGUAGACAUCUUCCGAAUGUCGUCGUACACAUAUGGACUCAUAUAGAACCGUUCGUGUGUACACUGUGUAGAGAUUGUGCCUUCUGUGCAUCUGCUCCACUUGCUGUGCACCAGAUGCAGACUCGUGGUCACUGGGGAGUCCAAGUUGUAGUCCCUAGGUAAUUUGAGGCACGACCAACUCAUAGGACGUGAUCAAACAGAAACCAAAUAAACAACGUUGGAGGGGACCAUCCUGACUGUCGAUAAAUUGGUGUUAUUUUCAGAUGUGUUAAUUUCAGAUAAGCUUCCACUUGUGUCUCGGACGGUAUGGCAUGUUCCAAGAGGAGCUGCAUGCUUAAACACCAUUGUCAAAAAACAA